CUUUUAUUACCUCUCAGGUCAUGGAGGCAUCAAUCAGCUCGGAGGAGUCUUCGUGAAUGGUCGCCCUCUGCCCGAUCAAGUGAGGCAUCAGAUCGUCGAGUUGGCCAAUCAAAACGUCAGACCCUGUGACAUCAGCCGACAGCUCCGCGUCUCCCAUGGUUGCGUCAGCAAGAUACUAGGAAGGUUCGCUGAAGCUAUGUACCCUGAUGCAAGCAUAAACUAUUUUUUCGCUGUUACCAAUUUAGAAUAUAGGCCUUUUAAAAUAACUCCUCUCUCUAUUAGCAAAUAUUAUGAGACUGGCAGCAUCCGACCUGGAGUCAUUGGCGGCUCCAAGCCAAAGGUGGCCACUGUGACGGUGGUUGACGCAAUCUGCAAAUACAAAACUGAGAGCCCGACCAUGUUCGCAUGGGAGAUUCGGGAUCGCCUACUAAAGGACAGUGUAUGCAGUGGAGAUAACGUGCCGUCUGUUUCUUCCAUCAACCGAAUCGUGAGGAACAAGGUAGGCAACUGCGAAUGGGUCUGUGUAUGCACCAUUAGUGACUAUGGACAAACACACAAUGCACACAAAUCUAGGUUGAACGCUAAUAUACAAUAUCACAUUUUAUUUUACUGCACAUUGACAAACAUAUUUUAUAAUGGCAUUCUAGAUAGUUUUUAUUUAUAA